AUGACACCUCCUAUGAGAAAUGUCAUAGAAGGUAGUAAAAAUAUAGUUUAAAAUAUUUCUAAAGAUGGAAUAAAGCAAGCUAUUAAAGGAUAAAUACAAACAAUAGCCAAAAUUGGUACAAAAGAUUUAUUUCUUUCAUCAUUAAAAUCUUAAUUUAGCAAAUUUACAUUAGCCAUUCAUUUAGGGUUAUCUCUUUUUGAAUUAUUUUCAAUAGUUAAAGAAUAUUAAAAAAAUAAGAGUCAAGAUAAUGCAAUUAUUGAUGUUUUAUAAAGUAAACUUAAAUAUCAGUUAUGUGCUUAUGGGGUAAAAGUUUCUUCAACAUAUUUAGUUCAGGGUAGUAUAACAACAGCAUGUACAGUAAUAGGCUCCUUAAUUUGUCCUGGAAUAGGAACUGUUAUAGGAUCAUUACUUGGUUGUUUAUUAUCUUUUUUUUGA